AUGGGCUCUCAAGUUUGGUAUUUUAUUGCGAUCUUCACUCUCAUAAGCACAGGAGAAACCAGGCAAGUUAGUAGUGAAACCUGCCAUCCCAAUGAUCUCAAGGGUUUAACAAGAUUCAAGGCUGCGAUUCGGUCAGAUAAUUCAGGGCGUCUCGGGAAUUGGAUUGGCCAUGGCUGCUGCAAAUGGGAAGGCAUUUCUUGCAGCAAUACAACUGGAAGAGUGACACAGAUUAAUCUCCCAGGUUUCUUCACUUCAUCAGAUGAUACUCCUGUUCAGGCAAGUAUGAAAGGCUAUCUGUCUAAUUCCAUUACUCUUCUGAGUUCCCUGGAAGUCAUUGAUCUCGGUGGACUCACUGGCCUAACUGGUAACAUUCCUCCAUCGAUCAGUUUUCGUCUCCCAAAACUCCAAAAACUCUCUCUUUUCGGGAAUAACCUUGAGGGUCGACUACCAGAAAGCAUCGGUAAGUUAUCCAAUCUUGAAGUAAUGUAUCUCCAUGAGAACAGUUUUUCGGGUUCUCUCCCCGAAAGCCUUGGAGACCUUAAAAGUCUCAGAUUCUUGGAUUUGCAUUCAAAUAGAUAUACAGAACCAUUGCCCCAAGAAAUGGCUUCCCUUAUAAAUCUUCAAACGCUUGAUCUGUCUUUCAACAGAUUAAACCUUUCUUCGAUCCCCGACUGGCUCCUAAAAUUGCCAUCACUGUCGCAAAUUCGCUUGGCUAGCUGCAGAAUUCAAGGCGAAUUAAAAGAAUAUUUGCAAUUAACUUCGAGCUCACUGCAGGAGAUGGAUUUCUCAGACAAUAAUCUUACUGGAAACAUACCUGCGCUCAUUGGGGGCCUACCAGAACUCUACUUACUAAACGUUUCAGGCAAUUCUCUUGUCGGACAGAUUCCUAGUACGAUCACAAACCUAGUAAACCUCGGUGUAAUAGACCUUCAUGCAAACAAGCUAGAAGGUUCUGUACAUUGGGUUUUCGAAAUACAAACCAGAUUUGGUGGUGGAUCAUUAACAUACAUUGACCUUUCAGAUAAUCGUUUCUCAACUGGAAUUGAACAGAUUGGCAUGGGGAUGCAACAGGAGAUUCAGGUCCUAAAUUUAUCUCACAAUUUCUUCAAAGGUAGAAUACCUACUUCCAUAGGAAAAUUAGGAUCAAUGCAAAUUUUGGAUUUGAGCUACAAUAACAUAGAAUCUGAUUUGCCCCCGUCAUUGGGGAAUGCAACUUCCUUGGAGAGGCUGAAGCUGCAAAAGAAUUAUUUUACUGGUAAAAUACCAAAUGAAUUCCUGAAGCUGAAAAAACUGGAGGAGUUAGAUCUUUCGAAUAACAUGCUCACUGGAGAAAUUCCUUUCGGGAAGCCUUUGAUCGAUUUUCCUAAAAGCUCUUAUUUACGAAACAUGGGUUUAUGUGGUAAACCCCUUCCCCCCUGUAGAGCUUGA